GUUUAGAGCUUGGUGAUCCACGGACACAAUCUUUGUGGCUAAGAAGCCUCUAGAAUCAGGCCGAUGUGAUUAGAACAGACCAUCCACAAAGUGCGCUGAGCUCCUGAUGAAAUUCAGAGAUUUCUCAGGUUGUUAGAUUCGAUUUGCACAUUUUAAAGUGUGGCAAGGCUGUCCUUGAUAAUUAAGGAUUCCGAGAUGUAUUAAAACUAAACGCAUUCUUCGAAGUUUUCUAGUGUGACUUGCGCUGUGUCAAUCCGACCUCCCCCUCAGUCAAGACAGUGGCUUAUUUUAUGUUUUGUGCUCUACACAAUCCGUCUUCACCAAGCUGGCCUUUUCUCUCUCUCUCUCUCUUUUUUAAUUGUUUUUACAUUGUAUUAAUUAUACGUAACCCAUGAAGACCUUCUAGUAAAAUUCAGAUAUAUCACAAAUAGAGCCAGAUUUGUUCUGGAUUACCAAGCCAAACCUACUUCAUCUAUUUCAUUGCACAAAGAUUCUUAGAUGCGAUUCAUCUCCUUUAGUGUCUGGUUCUUAAAAUGUUGAUUUUUUUAAUGAAAGCAAAAUGUGCCUAUAGUUUUGAAAUUAAAUAGUGUUACAAAGGUGAUAAUAUAACAGUCCCCUGCCUUCUGGAAGCAGUGUGUUUCAAAUAUUUUUUGGCUUUUUUGUCAGACAUUUGAAAGUCUGGAAGGUAAGCUUACAUAUGAAAUUACCUUGUACGAUGUUCCUCAGUUUUUCAAAAUUCUCUACUGACUUUACAAGAAUGAGGAUUGCAGUUUCCUUCUAUCCUCUCUUCCAGGUCUACUUUUUUCCCAACUUUUUUAGGUCACAAUUUAAAAAAAAUUAAAUCCUUAGUGUUUUCUUCAUUAUAUAAUCUGGAAAUUUUUUAAAUGUGGAACCAGAUAUCCACUUACUUACGUGAACCAUGUUUAUUUUUCUUAGACUUAAACCUGGAUUAUUUAAAAGAAAAAACAGAUAUGCUUGGCUGCCCUUAAGCUUUUGACUCUUCACAUACUUGUAAUAGUACUAGAGACAGAAUUUCCCCUGUGGUCAGACAGCUCAGAUUUCUUUUCCUGGAGGUGAUCUACUCAGAGGCACCAUCUUCCUGUUGUUUGAGGUGAGGAGACUCCACUACGUUUGCCUGAUAGCAGGAAGUUGCCAAGAGAGGAGGACGAGGAGCAGGCAGGAGGCCAGGUAGCCUUGGAGGAAGGAGAUUUGAAUGCCAUCUGGAACAGGCAGUGGAAGGACACCUCUCAAACUGAAGAACACAUUUAACAUCACUGCUGAGAAAGCUUUUCUCGAUAUAUUUCUACCCAAUGGAAGAAGCAUUAAUGUAGAAAUUCUAACAUCAGCUACUGCUGAAAGAGUCUUAGAGGUGGUGUCACACAAAGUUGGACUGAGCCGGGAGCUCUCAAGCUACUUCGGCCUCUUUCUCAUGCAGUCUUACAAGGAGGGCAGCCUCUCUGUUGUAAAAAUGUUGGCAGAGUUUGAACUUCCUUAUGCUAGUCUUCGGAGUUCUGAAUUGGAAAACUGUAAGGUUGGACUCCGAAAGUGGUACAUGGACCCGGCCCUCGACUCCAUACUGAUGGCCUGCGGAGCAGCUGUGGAAUUGCUUUAUAUGCAGGCAGUGCAGGACAUUGAAAAAGAAUGGAUUAAGCCCACACAGGCACAGAGGCAGCAAUUAGACGCUCUUCAGAAAGAAAACAAUCAAACCAAGUUUCUGCAGCUGUGCCAGGAGGUGCAGCUCUAUGGGUCUGUGCAGCUGGAUCCCUGCCGCUGUGACUACCCAGAGCCAGGCUGCGAGGCCGUGCUCUCUGUCGGCAGAGACAAGAUCCACUGCUGCGUCACCCUGCCUGACAACCGGACCCAGGACAUCACCUUCCAGAUGAGCAGGGUGAAGUGCUGGCAGGUCACUUUCCUCGGGACUCUGCUGGAUAUGGAGCAAACUCUCAACCAGAACUUAGAACUCAGAUUUCAAUUCAGUGAAGGUAGUUGCUGGCAGUGGUUUGUCAUUUACACCAAACAGGCAUUUUUGCUGAGUAGCUGCUUGAAAAAGAUGAUCACAGAGAAGAUGGCCAAGCUCGCUGCCGAGGGUCCCAAAAUGCAGAUUGAAGUUCCGGAAAAAAACAGAAGUGAAAAAGACCACAUUCGACAAAGCAAGCAGAAAGAGUAUUCUAGUUUUCUAUCAAGAAAAAGCAAGGUAAACAGAGGCAAAGAUGACUAUGUUUUCGGGACCAUAACGGAAGAAGACCUUUGAAGAGAAGUCUCACCUUUUAAAGUCCACUAAGCCACGGCAAGAUGUGACAGAGCCUGGGGGUGGGAGCUGGGCCUCCAACCAUCAGGAACGUUCUUCACUUCCUUCUCCCCCUUGUGAUGUAGACUACAGUCAUCAAGGCUACCACAGCCUUCUAUGUAAAUUUUCUGAUUAAAAAAGGUAUGAGAACUAAA